AUGCAGCAGCCAAAUGGAGCCUCCUCGGACGAGGAGAUUGUCAGCCUUGUCGACAGAAUAUGUCAAGUCAAACAGGAUCUACUAGCCGUGAAUAGCCAUGCGGCAGGCAGGCAUGAGCUGCAAAGGAAGGAGAUCCUGAAGAACCUGCGGCUGGAAGCGCACCGGCUCAUGCUUGCCACACAGGAGCCACAGGAAGCAUUUUGGGAGCUCAUUCGCAGGUGUUCCAUAUUAUCGCCCAUCAAGGUGGCACAGGACAUUGGAGUGUUUCGCUAUCUUCAAAGCCAAUCGAGCGCCACGGCGAAGGAGCUGGCGGCAGCUUCAGGGGCCGAGGAAUCUCUCAUAGUGCGGAUCCUCCGCCCCUUAGUUGCCGAUCAUUUAUUGUCGGAAACGGAAGACGGCGGAUAUGCAGUCAGCAGGCAGGGGAGUAUCUUUGGAGUGGCGGCCUAUGAGGAGGCCACCAGUUUUGCUAUUGAGUUCCUGCCGGUUGUCUUGUUCAACCCAGCGUUUUUCCGUCAAUACGGACAUCGAGAACCCCGUUCUCAUGAUGACUUGAAUACCCCCAUGGCGGCAUACUUCCAAAAGCCCGGGUAUGGGUUCUUUGACUAUCUGCGGGACCAUCCCAGCAUCCAAGAGCUCUUCAUUGCCUCUAUGCAGGCGCAUCCGAAAAAGACAAACCUCUCCUGCUCGGUAUAUGACUACCAGGCCCAAUUGAGAUUGGCGGAUGAUGACCCGUCGAGCGUUGCAAUCGUGGAUGUUGGUGGAAGCCGAGGCGAACUUCUUCAGGAGAUCCGCUCUCGUUAUCCCCAUCUGAAAGGGCGGAUGAUCGUGCAGGAUCUGGCGUCCACUUUUGAGUCCAUCUCGGAUUCGCCGGUGGGAGUGGAGUUGAUGGUUCAUGAUAUCUUCACAGAACAGCCGGUCAAAGGAGCCGCUGCGUAUCACAUGAAAAGAAUCCUGCAUGACUGGAGCGAUGACAGGUCUCGGAUUAUUCUGAGGCACUUGGUGUCCGCAAUGGAUGCGAAGCGGUCCAAACUUCUCAUUAUGGAUGCAGUGUUGCCCUCGACAAACCUCACCCUAUCCGAGGCCAUGAGUGAUCAUUCCAUGUUAACCUUUGGAGGCAAGGAACGCAGCGAGAAGGAAUGGAAGGAGUUGUUGCCGAAUGUCGGGCUGGAGAUCCUCCAAAUUUAUCGCGGACCCGAGCCAGAGGCACUGAUUGAGUGUCGGAAAGUUGAGACUUGA